GACCUGUACAUGUUCGGUAUGAGGAGUCCCCAUGGCAUGCUAUAGCAUCCGCCUCUCACUACGCCCCUCGAUAUGGAAGCCUUCUCCUUCGCCACUUCCUCUGCCCUAGACCAGCUUUCCGUCCAUGUUCGCAUCGACCGUCUGGAUGGCCACCAGAAACCCAUCCCAUACUCCGUGCUGCUGAAGCGCCCGGACCUGAGGCACCGAGCUUCGAAUAUCAAUCCACAUUCUGAGCUAUAUGUGACUGCCCAGAUAUGGGCUGACAGCAAGCCGCUCACCCUCCCCGUGCAAACUGCCUACAAGUCCUUCAAAACCAGCCGCGUGUGGAACGAGUGGCUGGCCCUGCCCGUGACCUAUUCUAACCUCCCCGCUACGGCGCAACUCGCCAUAACUGUCUGGGACCUGUCGCCCGCGGAGGAUAACGACUCCAAUCUCCACGCGGUUCCAUUCGGAGGCACAACAAUACCCCUCUUUGACAAGGACAACACGCUCCAGAAGGGCAGGCAGAGGUGUCGGCUGCAUCGCUUCAAGGCGGCCGAUGGUCUUUCCUCUUCCGCCACCCCUUGGGUAUUGCCACCGGCCAGGAGGGGAAGGAACGACGUCGUGGCUGAAAAUGCCGUGGAUGAACAGGUGGCAGAGAUGCACCGCCUCGAGGAAUUGUUGAAGAAGCAGGAGAUGGGCGACAUCCCCCAGAAUCAGUGGUUGGACGGCCUGGUCUUCAAGAAGAUGAUGAAGAUAAGGAAUGAGGCACUGAGGGCCGAGGCCGCGGCGCAGCGUCGGCAUAAUCGUUCCUUCUCAAACGAUGUGGCCAGCGAUGCCCCCAACCGGACUAGCGACCCCGCAGACGACGAACUGUUCUACCUGGACAUAGAACUUCCGCGCUUUGAUCACUCGAUAGUCUUCGCUGACACUGAGUAUGCUCCACCCCCCGUGUCCACCAUCAAGCUGGCCGCCGACUCCGAUAUCAUGCUUCGACCGCCUCCCGAAGUCUCAUUCGGCCCCGGUAUCAACGUGAACGGCAAUGCAUAUGGAGAUGCCAAUGACGGGCGAUUGAUUAGAAUAUACGACCCAGAGAUUGGUCGGGGUGAUAACCCAGCCGAGUCGAAACACCGCAGACUGAUGCGAAGCCAGCAAUCCGACUCUCUAGAUCGGGACCGAAAGCCCACGGUGAAGAUUCGUGAUGAGCUCAACAAGAUCUUGGCCUACGGUCCUCUGCACGAAAUCAACACUGAUGACCGGGACCAGAUCUGGAAGUUCAGGUACUAUUUGCUGAGAGACAAGCGGGCUUUGACCAAAUUCGUUAAAUCUACAAACUGGAGAGACCCAAUCGAACUCCGGCAAGGAGCCCCCUUGCUGGAGAAGUGGGCCGAGAUUGACGUCGACGAUGCCCUCGAGCUGCUAGGCCCCCAGUUCGAUUCUCCAUUGGUGAGAGGGUAUGCCGUGGAUCGAUUAAAGAAAGCUGACGACGAUGAACUCCUGGUGUACCUCUUACAGCUUGUCCAGGCCUUGAAGUAUGAAGCACCUGGAGAAGCCCAUUCGUCUCUCGCAGAGUUCCUCAUCACUCGUGCAGCCAAUAAUUUCACACUUGGUAACUUCUUCCACUGGUACCUGAUGGUGGAAAUCAGCGACGAUAGCAGGGAUCAACCCGAGGAACAUCGCGAUCUCUUCGCUAGAGUCGAGUUCGACUUCAUGGAAGAGUUGGACAAAACUCCCGAAGGCAGGGAAAAACGCGAGACUUUCAAGCGCCAAGGCGAGCUUCUACUGGUCCUCACCAAGCUCUCACGGGAUAUCAAACUCUCGCGAGAAGAUCGCCUGCGCAAGAUUACCCGUCUGAAGAAGUUCCUCGCAGACCCCAAGAACGAGCUCCUCCACAUCGACCCUCCCAUCCCUCUUCCCCUCGAUCCCUCAAUCAUGAUUACCGGCAUCUACCCCGAGGAUUGCAAUGUCCUAAAAUCCUCUCUCUUCCCGCUAAUCCUCAACUUCAAAACCACAACCCACACUAAAUACCCAAUAAUCUUCAAAUUCGGCGACGACCUCCGCCAGGACCAACUCGUCAUUCAGAUCAUAACGCUCAUGGACCGCCUCCUACAAAAAGAAAACCUGGACCUCAAACUCACACCCUACCGAAUCCUCGCGACAUCGACGCAAGCCGGUGCCCUGCAAUUCGUCCCAUCAAUGUCCCUCGCGGCUGCAGUGUCGAAAUAUAAAGGAAGCCUCCUCGCCUACCUCCGCGCAAACAACCCUGACGAUACUGCCCCUCUAGGCGUCCGCAAAGAAUCCAUGGACACGUACAUCAAAUCUUGCGCGGGCUACUGCGUGAUAACCUACAUCCUAGGCGUCGGCGACCGCCAUCUAGACAACCUUCUCCUCACCCCCUCUGGCGCCUUCUUCCACGUCGACUUCGGAUACAUCCUCGGCCGCGACCCCAAGCCCUUCGCGCCCAACAUGAAACUCUGCAAGGAGAUGGUGGAAGGUAUGGGUGGCCCAGCCUCCGCGAACUACCGAUCGUUCAAAGAAUACUGUCUUGAGAGCUUUGCGGCGUUAAGGAAGAGCGCGAAUUUGAUCUUGAAUCUGUUUGCAUUGAUGCAGGGAGCUAAUAUUCCAGAUAUUAAGGUCGAGAGGGAGGGGAGUGUGAGGAAGGUCCAGGAGAGACUUAGCCUGGAGAUUGGGGAAGAGGAGGCGAUGAGGGCAUUUGAGAGACUUAUUGAGGAGAGUAAGGAGAGUUGGUUGGCGGUUGGGAUUGAUUGGGCACAUGGGUUUAUGCAGCAUUUGAGGGCCUAAAGGGGUUUGUGAGUUUGUCGGAACCUAGAGACCGAGUCAUAGGCUGUAACCUUCC